AUGGUCCCUGACGAGGCCAAGAGGACGACCAUGAACCUGCUGCUUGCCGGAUCCGUUGGCCUGCCCGUGGUGGCCAUGGCCAUCCCCUUCUUCUCCUUCUUCGUGCCCGUCAAGGCUGCCGGGACCGGCGCGGGCCUGGUGGCCAAGGACGCCCUGGGCAACGACGUGAAGAAGUCGGAGUGGCUGGCCAAGCACCAGCCGGGGGACCACUCCCUGGUCCAGGGCCUGAAGGGCGACGCCACCUACCUCAUCGUCACCAGCGCCGGCGACGUGGAGAAAUACGGACUGAACGCGGUGUGCACCCACCUGGGCUGCGUGGUGCCCUGGAACGCGGUGGAGAAGAAGUUCAUCUGCCCCUGCCACGGGUCCCAGUACAACGCGGAGGGGUUCAAGGUGCGCGGUCCCGCCCCGCUUUCCUUGGCCCUGGCCCACGUGGACGUGGUGGAGGACCUGGUGUCCCUCACACCCUGGACCGAGACCGACUUCCGGGAUGGCGGCAAGCCGUGGUGGUCCUGA